AUGGCGUCAAUAUUUGACAGUCUUCCAAGUGAGGGUUCAGAAAGCUUCAAUCCAUCUUGGCGGGAUCUGGAACCGCUUGAUGAUACAAACUCAACGAGCCGAGAAUAUUUUCAACCACCACAGAUCAACCACUUUGAUACCUCAGACAUCAGAUUGGAAAGAGAUGUUUUAAUAAGAAGAAUCAAUCGUGCCGUCAACAGAAUAACUUUCGCCAUUUUGAAAAAUCAGAAAAACUUCCGAAGGUUAGAGAAAGAACUGAUACUAAUCAGAAAAGACGUGGAAUUAGCCAGGAGCAUCAACUACAAGUUAUACAAGAUGGUCUUAGAACAAGAGAUGACACAGCUCGACCAGAUUGAUGAUGACCUUCUAAGCACGGUGCUCGAUGUUGAAGACGCUGUUGAAGAUUAUUUGGUGAAAUUAAAACUGGAUCUAGAAGUUGUGAAACUUGUGCCUUGUUGUGAUAUUGCAUUGAAUUUGGAUAAACAUAAAUUCAACGGGAAUUCAAGGAGUGCUACAAUGUGUUGUCUUGAAACACCUUUCAAGAACGUUGAACAGUCCAAGGCUUCACCUUUGGAUUCUGGUACCUUUCUAGAUACCAAUUCAAUCGGAAUGGUGGACAGUGAACUCGACAAAGCUGAGUCAACACUUGAUUCGGACAACAUCCACAGAAUAAAUUGUCUUCACAGAAAUAAUACACAUAUCAAAAUCUCUUCCUUUGAUAAAUCUAACUAUACGGGUUUUAAUUCACCUCAAAAAGAGCUACUACCGAAAUACAGAACGACAACGUCACAUCCGUUUCAUAAAGCUGAUAUGUGCCAGCAUCAUUUUCUAGUACAUGGUCACAAAUGCCAUGCACAGAAUAAGGAUCCAAAUGGGUCUCAAUUCUGUUCAUGUCCGUCGAUGUUCAGACAGACACCGAUGUCAUCACAAUCUAAUGCUGAACAUUACAGGAUGUCUUUUGAUUCAGAAUUUUCGGAUCGUGUAUGCACUUUGUGA